UCUCUCUUAUUUGAGCUGAAUAAUAAAUUUCAGCCAAACUGAUUCGGAUCGGAUAUAUUUCUAAUUCAAGCUCGGAUCUAGUAGAAUCCUCUCUCCACUCUUUGAUCUCAUCGAAAAAAAAAAAAAAAAAAGAGAAGGAACCAAUCAAACGAUGCUCGCCAACGACACAAAAUUAAUUUAAAAAAAAAAAUACAAAACCCCCCUCGAGUCCAGCCCAGCGCGAUACGACUGACGACACCAGCAAGCUCAGUCGAAACAGAUAAUCAUCCUUCAAAUUCAUCAACGGGUCACCUCGCUUCUCCUCCGAUCGAAACCAAACCAGAGCUCUAACUAGGCAUACAAAAAUGGCGUUAACGCAACAGAAGGGAAUUGUAAUAACCGUACCGGUUCUCAUUCUCACGCUUUCCGUCGCGGCCAUCUUCUUGUUCUUCCUUCUCUCCUCUCUCUCAACUUGCAACUGCCCUAUCUCCGCCGCCUCAAACGCCGCUGUUUCUUCUUCCUCUGACGUGCCGCCGACGGAUUAUGGCUCUGGAGAUCGGAUAUCGCCGACGAAAGACGAUAUUGAGUGGGUGAAGGAUCAGAUCUCUCGAAAUGGACUUCAUAUGCAAGAUAAUGUGUUGAGGAAAGGUAUCAAUCCUCGCACUAGAGCUCAGCAACUUGAAGAUCUCAUCCAAUUCAAAGGCAUAUCACAUUAUGAAGAGCCUGAAGCGUACAACCACACAGCCCUCCCGUGCCCAGGUGAGCUCCUUGUGGAGGAGCAUCACAGCAACUAUGGGGAGCCCUGGGCGGGUGGGCGAGAUGUGUUUGAGUUCCUUGCUGAGUCAAGUCACUUGACACCCAAUUCACUUGUUCUUGAGAUUGGAUGUGGCACACUUCGAGUUGGCCUGCAUUUUAUUCGGUAUCUAAGUCCAGAGCACUUUCAUUGCCUUGAGAGGGAUGAGCUCUCUUUGAUGGCUGCGUUCAGAUAUGAACUUCCUUCUCAAGGUCUUUUAAAUAAGAGGCCUUUGAUUGUGCGAGGCGAGGAUAUGGAUUUUACCAAGUUUGGUUCAAGAGUUGUGUAUGAUUUGAUAUAUGCUAGUGCUGUGUUUCUCCACAUGCCUGACAAACUUGUGUGGGUUGGACUGGAGAGGUUAGCGAAUAAGUUGAAACCUUAUGAUGGGCGAAUCUUUGUGUCGCAUAACAUAAAGUUUUGUUCUAGAUUAGGAGGGGAGGAGUGCACGAAGAGGCUUAGAAGCUUGGGACUUGAAUAUGUUGUGAAGCAUACACAUGAUAGCUUGCUUUUUAAUCACUAUGAGAUCUGGUUUGAGUUUAGGCGGUCCAAGGCUUAGGGUUUCUUCGGCACUGCCAUUUUGGGUUUAAUUCGUUGUAAUACUGAAUUAACAGGUGAAGUUAUAGCUUAAGCUGCCUCUCCACAAGUGUUGCGUUGCUUCUGAUAAUUCCCCCAGUGUUUUGGAAGGUUAACUUAUGAGCUGUUGAUAGAUGGGGUGUGUAAGAGUUGAUGAUAUCAAAGAUUUUUAUCAAAGUGGUCAUCAAUUUGUGUGCAACUCGUGAUAUUCUUUGUACUUUUCAUUGAAAAGGAUCUUGUGUAACUUAGAACUUUCAAGAUUCAAUACCGAAUUGCUAAGGUGGGAGAGGUUCAUGUUAUUUAUGACUGUCAAAUUAUGUAGUUUUGCAUUCGAAAUGCUGGUAGCACAACAAAAUUUCUUUUGAGCAAACACUGUAAAGUAGGACGAAAUCAUAAUGUGAAUAUAUUUUUCAUUGCACUUGGAGAAAA